GCGGCGCCGUGCUGGGCCAUGGCGGAGGGGCGGCGCUACGCGAUCGCGCCGCAGCUAGACAUGGACCAGAUACUGAAGGAAGCUCAACAGCGAUGGUUACGCCCGGCUGAGAUCUGCGAAAUACUGAAGAACUACAAAAACUUCCGUAUAGCUCCAGAGCCACCAACUAUGCCUGCAAGUGGUUCGCUUUUCUUAUUUGAUCGGAAGGUAUUGAGAUAUUUUAGGAAGGAUGGCCAUAAUUGGAGGAAGAAAAAGGAUGGAAAGACUGUCAAAGAAGCCCAUGAAAGGUUAAAAUGUGGAAGCAUUGAUGUGCUUCACUGCUACUAUGCUCACGGGGAAGAGAAUAUAAACUUCCAGAGGAGGAGUUAUUGGAUGCUGGAGGAGGAGUUCAUGCACAUUGUUCUUGUACAUUAUCUCGAACUCAAGGCUGGAAAAUCAAGUUCUCGUACUAGGGUGCAUUAUAACAUGCUAGAAGGAGCUCGUGUGGAUAGCCCUUCAAGCCACUUGCCUUCACAAACUACAGAUGGUGAAAGCUCACUUAGCGGACACGCCUCUGAAUACGAGGCAGAAUCAGAUAUUUAUUCGGGAGGAACCGGAUACCACUCUAUCUCUGGGAUCCAGCAGCAUGAAAAUGGAGGUGGAUCCGUAAUUGAUGCUUCUGUUUUCAGCUCAUGUGUUUCUGCGUCUUCUGUAGGUGAUCAUCAAGGAUUACAGGCUACAGCACCUAAUACAAGCUUCUAUUCUCAUUAUCAAGAUAACUUACCUGUGAUUCCAAACGAGUCCAGUUUUGGAAUUGCAUUCAAUGAACCUAGUAGUCAAUUUGAUCUGUCAUCAUGGAACGAAAUGACUAAACCGGAUAAAGGGAUCCAUCAAUUGCCUACAUACCAAUCUCAUGUUUCCCCUGAGCAGUAUCCUUUUACAGAUGGCCCUGGCAUCGAAUCUUUCUCUUUUGAUGAAGUAUAUAGUAAUGGGCUGGGUAUCAAGGAUGAUGUUCAUGCAGACACUGAUGGAGAACCACUAUUGCAGCUUCCAAGUGCUACUCAAGGUACAUUUGCUACAGUGGAAAAUUUCCAACAAAACAAUAAAUUUUUGGAGGAAACCAUGAACUUCCCUCUCCUGAAAACUCAAUCGUCUAGUCUUUCUGACAUCCUAAAGGACAGCUUUAAGAAAAGUGAUAGUUUUACUAGAUGGAUGAGUAAAGAACUUGCUGAAGUAGACGAUUCCCAAGUUAAGUCCAGCUCUGGAUUGUACUGGAACAGUGAAGAUGCUGACAGUAUCAUUGGAUCAUCAAGCCGUGAUCAGUUGGAUCAGUUUACUCUGGACCCAAUGCUUGCACAAGAUCAGCUGUUUAGUAUAAUUGAUUUUUCUCCAAGCUGGACAUAUGCAGGUUCAAAAACUAGGGUUCUUGUUACCGGUAGAUUCCUAACUUCCCAUGAAGUUACAAACUUCAAGUGGUCAUGUAUGUUUGGAGAAGUCGAAGUUCCAGCAGAGAUUUUAGCAGACGGGACUCUCAGGUGUUAUUCUCCCUCACACAAACCUGGCAGGGUCCCUUUUUAUGUGACUUGCUCCAACAGGUUGGCCUGCAGUGAAGUACGGGAGUUUGAAUAUCGACCAAGUGAUUCUCAAUACAUGGAUGCUCCAAGUCCACACGGUGCUACAAACAAAACAUAUCUCCAGAUGCGUCUUGAUAAAUUAUUGUCUUUGGGGCAAGAUGAGCAAGAUGAGUUCCAGGCAGCUCUAUCUAACCCCACAAAGGAAUUGAUUGAUUUGAACAAGAGGAUAAACCCAUUAAUGAUGAAUAAUGACCCGUGGUCUGAGUUGCUAAAGUUGGCUGAUGAUAAUAAUGAGCUUGUCAAUGAUGAUACACAGGAUCAGUUCCUUGAGAACUGUAUCAAAGAGAAGCUGCAUAUCUGGCUUCUCCAUAAAGCAGGAGAUGGUGGCAAAGGUCCCAGUGUGCUAGAUGAAGAGGGGCAGGGUGUUCUUCAUAUGGCAGCUGCUCUAGGAUAUGAUUGGGCAAUAAGGCCAACAAUAACUGCUGGUGUAAAUAUAAAUUUCAGAGAUGUUCAUGGAUGGACUGCACUUCACUGGGCUGCAUUCUGUGGCAGAGAGAGGACAGUUGUUGCUCUUAUAGCACUAGGUGCGGCUCCUGGAGCUGUGACAGAUCCAAGGCCUGAUUUCCCUUCAGGAAGCACACCAUCUGAUCUUGCAUCAGUUAAUGGGCACAGGGGAAUUUCUGGUUUCCUGGCAGAGUUUUCUUUAACAAGCCAUCUUCAGACCCUCAAUCUGAAGGAAGCUAUGGGGAGCAAUGCAUCAGAAAUAUCUGGUCUACCCGGUAUUGGAGAUGUUACCGGAAGAACUGUCUCAACGUCGGCAGGUGAAGGUCUUCAGGCUGGAUCGAUGGGAGAUUCACUAGGUGCUGUGCGGAACGCUGCCCAAGCUGCUGCUCGGAUAUAUCAAGUAUUCAGGGUGCAGUCCUUUCAGAGAAAGCAAGCAGUUCAGUAUGAGGAUGAAAAUGGUGUGAUAUCAGAUGAACGUGCCAUGUCACUCUUGUCUUACAAACCAUCUAAAGCAGGCCAGCUCGAUCCCAUGCAUGUUGCUGCUGCAACUCGAAUACAAAACAAAUUUCGCGGAUGGAAGGGAAGGAAGGAAUUUCUUCUUAUUAGACAGCGAAUUGUCAAGAUCCAGGCUCAUGUGCGAGGUCACCAAGUAAGAAAGCAUUAUCGCAAAAUAAUUUGGUCUGUUGGGAUAGUGGAGAAGGUUAUAUUGCGCUGGAGGCGGCGAGGGGCUGGGUUACGUGGGUUUCGGUCUACAGAAGGUGCAACAGCCAGCACUAGUAGCAGCAGCAGUGUCGAUGUGACCUCAAAUAAACCUGCUGAGGAUGACUAUAAUUUCUUGCAAGAAGGACGCAAGCAAACUGAAGAAAGGCUGCAGAGAGCUCUUGCCAGAGUGAAGUCCAUGGUUCAGUACCCUGAUGCUCGGGACCAGUAUCAGAGGAUUUUGACCGUCGUAACAAAAAUGCAGGAAUCCCAGCCUAUGCAAGAAAUUAUGCUCGAGGAGUCAACUGAGAUGGACGAAGGCUUUCUGAUGAGCGAAUUAGGAGAGCUCUGGGAUGAUGACAUGCCAGCGCCUGGCUAUUUCUAGGUCCUAACAGACUGGUGUAUCUUCUUGUAAAUUACCUCCCCGAUUUGCUUUGUUUGUUAGCCUUACCAAAUAGAUAGCGAACUAGGUUACCGUCCAGUAUGGGUGUUAAAUUCUGUUGGUUUUCUUGCUAUCUAGCUCUAGCUCUUUGUGCAGUAUAUCCCAAGGAAAAUGUAUUUAUAUGAUAAGGAUGAGUUCAUGAAGUUUGAUGGUUUUAGCUACAGUUUA